AUGGGUGACAGACCAUGUCAUAUGGACUAUGAAAAUGUGGGUACGCUCUGCUCCGCCUUGGUGGAAACCGGGCCUGACACGUGCUUUAUGACCAGUGCAGACCUGAUGAGGCUCGGCGAAGUGAACAAGAAGGAAAACCUAAAUUACUUUUAUGACUUACUGCGCCUAGUCGCGCGUUCGUCUGAACUUAACCUUAGUAUUUUUAAAAUCGACAAUUUUUUUUCUUUUCAGGCCGAGGACUACAGACUAGCAGAAAUAGUAGACGCCGAGGGAGAGAUCCGAGACGUUGCUCCCGCUCCCCCGCCGAAGCAAGAACCUGAAGAGGAGGUGACAGAAGUCCCUAGCAAGUGUGUGAGCGUAGUACGCACAGUGAGCGUGAAAGCCAGCGUUCAGUACAUCGAGCUGGAAGGCCGCUGUGACGGCGAGUCUUUACUAAGAUUAGUGGCGCACGCCAAGCCGAGGGCUAUUGUUGGCCUGCGAGCCAACGAAACUGCCUUGAUGACGCUUAGUAAACACUGCCAGAACGAAGGCAUAGAGAAGAUCUUCACUCCGAACCGCGGUGACAUUAUUGAUGCUACCACGGAGUCUCAUAUCUACCAAGUGAAGCUCACCGACAGCCUGAUGAGCGACAUCGUGUGGCGGAAGGCGGGCGACGCCGAGCUGGCCUGGCUCUCCGCCACCGUCGCCGCGCGCCCGCACCAGAGGGAAACUGAUGCCACCACAGAGGACACGUCAAGCGACGUGGUAAUGUCUCUGGAGCCGUGCGCGGGCGCGGCGCACGCGGCGUCGUUUGUGAACUCGGUGCGGCUGUCGGAGCUGCGCGCGGCCGUCGCCAAGCUCGGGCUGUCGGCCGAGUUCAGCCAGGGCGCGCUCGAGUGCUGCAACGGCACGCUGGCCAUCAGACGCCUGGAGAACGGGCGCGUCGCGUUAGAAGGCGUGUUAUCGGAGGAAUACUACAAAGUGCGGGAGCUGCUGUACGACCAAUUCGCCAUCGUCUGAGGCGGGACCGACUGAAAUUGUUAUGUAAAUAGUAUUAAUUACGCGUAAGGAAUAAAAUUAUGAAUUUAAACUUUGUCUCUUGAAAUUACGGCUACUACUUUACAAGCCAGACCUUAGUGUAAAGAAAACUCGCUUCUCAAUUUCAUAAAAUUGCUCAAUUUUUUUACUAUUCACCUACUUGCAGUCUCAUGACGCUACGUGUAUUAGCGGUACGUGUUGCUUAAUUUUAUUGUUACCGUCUUGAUAGGUUAAAACUAAAUGAUUCAAAUGAAUAAUACAAGAGUUUCACCAUUUUAUAAUUUAUUUCACAAUUUCCGGAACCACGUCACAAUUAAUAACAUUAUGUAAAUAAACAAGGUACGAACUUCAUUACAAAUAAGACACAGGUAUUGUUGGAUCUCUACUUUGAUCUGAGAAGACUCUAAUAAAAUAAUUUUAAUAAUUACAUAUUCCAGUCGUAGUUUUCUUAAGUCUAAAUAGGGUAUUCUAUACCCAGAUUAGUUUUUCUUUAAAAAAUACGUUUGCAACGUGCGAUAUAAAUAAAUUUGGACCAAAAAAGAUGGCUGCCUAGCUGCCAUUUGUGAUGAUGCCGUAUCAAAAUCCGCGGAUAAAAACGGGCCGUGUUCCAUCCAAAUUUAUUCCGACCGCAGUAUUAUAAAAUAACAAAACCGUAUAAAUACAGUAAUCGCAGAUCCAUAACGAACAAAACUUACACUACAUUCUGGCACAUCUCUGUACAACUAUCAUACCCUGAGACUACCACCGCACUUUACACAAAAUUAAAAACUUAUAAAUAUAGUAAAUAUUCUUAACAUAAGAAUAACUACAACAAAACCUUUAUAAAUAACUCACUGGAAUUAAGAUGUUUACAUACUAAUGUGAUUUUAUAUUUUAAUUAGCGGUACUUGGUCGCGUAUGCGUUCAUAAAAUACGUCAAUAUAAACAAUAAAAUAACACUUUUACAUGUUCAUUUCAUUAGGAUUCGGUGAAUGAUUUUAUAAAUCAGGUUUAGCAAAAUGUAGACGUAACUACCAUUUUUUUCUUCAAAUAUUCAUUUAGGUGUAGAGAUCAUAUAAACUUGGCCGUUUUUUAAUUUAAAAUUGUCAAUCAAAUUAACAAACUGAAUGAUCUAUGACAAUAUACCUCGGCAAGCGUGUGCAAAAGCAUUAGUAAACAAAAUUUUAAUAGCCUGUUUGUAAUGAAAAAUGUACAAAAUUCUAGUACCGCUUCUUACAUUAAGAUUUAUUACUAUUUCAUACUUCUUUCGCUGUCAUACGCAGCAACCGGUAACAGUUUUCGAGGUAUUCAUAGUUUAUAAUACUGUUCCACUAUUACAAACGUCUAAAUAUAUUUUAUAUACACAACUUUACAGUCAGGAUAUAAUUAUAUCAUUAAUAUUUAACAAUAUUGUAUAUUAUACAUUACCAUGUCAAUGAUUCCAAAAUAACUACGACUACAAAAACAAAGUAAAUAUAUCGAUAAAUCGAUAGUGGAACAGCUCUAUAUAACAUCUAUAGAUAGUUAUAUUUUAAAGACAAAUCGGUAAUGUUAAAAUAAUUACUGACGUUGUACAUGAUUUCGAUUGGAAGAUAAAAUAAGCACCGAUUGUACUCAAGGUAUACCAAAUAAGUAAUUAUGAAAUAUUGUUCAAACAAUUACAACCAGUAUUGUAUGUAGUGGAAAUACGCGCUCCUUUAGAAAUGUUCUCUAAUAAACCAUACAUUUUCAAUCUAAUAUUACAGCUAUAGCGCCUAACUAUGGAGGUACCUGCGCGGACAUGUGAC